AUGAACCCCGCUCGUUCAAGCGGAGUCUUGAUUGCAGGUGAUCAAGCACCACCCACCCCUCCAGUCCACGAACACGCGGGCUCCACUCCGACGCCUCAGACUUCCGAGAGGCGUCAGGCAACAGAAAUGGCUGAUGGCAAGGGCUCCCCACUUCUAGGUUCCAUUGACGUCGAACGCCAGUGCGGCGUCCCGCUGCCCGAGGGCCGUCGAUGUGGUGGCUCUCUGGCGUGUAAGAGGCAUUCUAUGAGCUCGAAACGCGCGGUGGCGGGGAGGUCUGCGCCGUAUGAUCAGUUGCUUGUUACUUUCACGGAAACCAUCGUGCAGCAAGACGGGGCACGUGAGGGGUUCCAUGGUGGCGGUGUGCCACAAUUUCGUACCAGAACCUUCGUUCUUUACUACGUUGAACUGCUGCAAAAUCGGCCAGCUAUAUUCACACCCAGUAUACACGUUGAGGAGGUAGCCAGAGUAGGCAUCGCACCGGCAGAUGUCGAGAAGCUUAAGAAGGUUACGAGACGCCACUUCCACAUUGUGUGCGACGCUACCAGGCAGGGAGGGCGGCAUGGCUCGUGA